AUGGCCUCCCCCGCUGUCACGCCGCCGGUUGCGUUCAACCGCCUCAAGCAGAUCGCUAACGACGCCUGCCAAAGUGCAAUCGGCAGCGCAGAGUUCUACGACCACGCUAAGACCGAGUACUGGAAUGCUACCAUCAUUAACUCGAUCCUGAAGGCCGUCAUCUCCGAGUCUACCCCUUCCGGUAGCACCAACCCCUCCUUCAAGUUUGCUGUCAACAGCACCAUCGUCCAGCACCUCGUCCCCACGUCCCAGCUCAACAAGUCCCGCGGCACCGGCACCUCGAGCGAGGAAGCGAGCGUCAGCACCAGCGCCGACGGUGAGAAGCCUGCCGCGACCGCGACCGACGGCAAGCCCCAUGUCGGCCGCAGGGGCAUGCACAGCGCGACGGGUGCUUUCUGGAACGAGAAGACGGACGGCAUGUGGACGUACAAGUACGACGGGGGCGAGGGCAAGGGCAUGGACGUGAUCAUUAUGCUGAUCUGGAUCGCCUUGUGA